GUCUUCAAAGACCCCUUUUUGUUUACUUUUCCUUUCAAGUUUGUUCUUUCUAAACAAGCUAUUUUAGUUGAAUUCAACUUCUUCUGAAAAGGAAAUUGGCCAAGCGAUUCGGGUUUCGUUCGGUUUUUAGUUUAGGAAUUCAUUUGAUGAAACUAGUUUAGGAAUUCAUUUGAGUCUUUCAUCAAUUUAGUGUUGAUUCUGUUUUUCUUGAAUGGAAGAUUUUAAAUCUACCAUCCAAACCCAUGAAGGAAACCAGCAUAUUAUCGCUGCAGCUUUUCACUUAACCAAGGCAUUAGUGGCAAGUAAUUACUUGCCAGAGGACAUGAAAAAGAUCUUCACUGAUCUUGACUCCCACUUCUCCGCCAUGGCCGUGAUCACGGAAACCAAAGGCCGAAAAUUCACGGACCUCGAGCAGCGCCUCAAACACGCGGAGGAAGAGGUCGUGGCUUGGAUGUCGAAUCCACUUAUGGUAUGUGACUCUGGCCCCCAUGAAGCUUCCCAGCACUUCAAAGUCAUUGAUGAAAUCCACUCCUUGAUGGAAAGCCUCAGAAAUUCGCCAGCAGCAGAUGAGUUUGGGAAGCCGACGGAGCUUCUUCGACGAGCUGAAAGCCUUCUGCAGACCGCGAUGUCAAGGCUGGAAGAAGAGCUCAUCCACAUUCUCCAUCACCACAAGCAGUACUUCGAGCCCGAGUACAUGUCUUUUCGGUCUUGUGGAUCGGAUGAUGUGUACGAUGAGUCCUUCGUUUCGGUUGAGGAAGAAUCACAGGACGAAGCCUCCCGAAGAAACAGCACAGGCAGUGAAUUUGAGGACCAUCUUGUGGACUUGAUCCAUCCGAAUGUGGUUCCUCAUCUCAAGUCCAUUGCAAAGAUGAUGUUUACUUCGGAUUAUGGUCAGGAAUUCUGCCAGGCUUUUGUCAAGGCAAGGAAAGAGGCCUUGGAGGAGUAUUGGACUACUUUAGAAAUGGAGACAUUUAGCAUUGAGGAUAUGCUCAGAAUGGACUGGAAAAGCUUGAAUUAUGAGAUCAAGAAAUGGAAUUGGAUCAUGAAGAUCAUCAUCCGAGUCUACCUCCCGAGCGAAAAGCGUCUUUGUGAUCAGAUACUAGGGGAUUUUGGAUCAGUUAGUCCUUACUGCUUUGUUGAAACCUCAAAGGCUUCGAUGGUGUAUCUGUUGACCUUUGGUGAAGCUGUGGCAAUGGGAGACCAUCGGCCCGAAAAGUUGAUUCGGUUGCUUGACAUGUACGAAAUUGUGGUGGAUCUUCUCCUUGACAUAGACAAUUUGCUGUUUGAAGAGGCCGGGUGUUAUGUUCGAAUCGAGUUCCACGAGCUUUUAGCAAAGUUAGGAGAUUGCUUGAGAGCAACAUUUGUGGAAUUCAGACGCGUCAUCGCCUCCAACAUGUCAACCACUCCUUUCCCUGGAGGCAGCAUUCACCCUUUAACAAAGUAUGUCAUGAAUUACAUCAACACCCUUGCUGAGUAUGUUGACACACUCAAUGUUCUUCUCAAGGAUCAAGAUGUAGAAGAAGAAGAUCCCGAUUCAAUUUUCGAAAUGCAUAAUCACACCAAGGACAGCUCAUCCUCGACAUCUUGUCCCACGGCAUACCAUUUUCGAUCCAUCACAUCCACUCUUGAAUCCAACCUCAACACCAGGUCCAAAUUGUACAAAGAUGGUGCUUUGCAGCUUGUGUUCUUGAUGAAUAACAUCAAUUACAUUGUCCAGAAAGUUAAGGGCUCGAAACUCGGGGUCUUCUUCGGAGACACUUGGAUUAGAGAGCACAUUGCCAAGGUUCAGCAGCAGGCAACAGGCUAUGUGAGGAUAUCUUGGAGUUAUGCUCUCUCUUUGAUUAGAUCACAUGAUGGGCAUGCCCUUCCAAGGGUCACUUUCAAAGAAAGGUGUAGGAGUUUCAGCAUUGCCUUUGAAGAGGUGUACAGAAACCAGACAGGGUGGCGUGUCCCAGAUCCUCAACUCCGGGAAGAUCUUCAGAUCUCGAUCUCGCAGAAGGUGAUCCACGCUUAUUGGAAUUUCACUGGGAGAAACUCCAAUGACGAGAGGCACAUCAAGUACACUGCUGAUGACCUUGAAAACUUCCUUUUGGACCUCUUUGAAGGGUCAUCUAGAUCACUACAGAAUUCACGAAGAAGAUGAGGCCCCAAAUCGUCUUCAGCCAUAGCAUUAUUUCCUUCUUUUUUAGAAACAAUUUUCUCUUUUACCUUGUAAUGAAUUGUUGUACAUGUAUUUCUUCAAAAAAAAAAAAAAAGUUGUAGAUGUAAUGGUGAUUGUAUCUCUCCCAUACCCCUAAUGUCAAAAGAAUCACAUCAAGAAUUAUGUUGUAUGAUUGUUGUGCCUGCAAAA